ACCCAAAUCAUCGUUUCGUACGUAGAAAGAAAACAAAAAGGUGAAGAGAUACAUAUUCGCAGACAGUUUCUCUGUCACACUUUUGUGCUUUUUCCGAUCUAUCUAUCUCAAAACCAUAUUAAACAACCAAGUAUUUCUCUCUCCCUCUCUCUCUCUCUGUAAAAACUCUCUCUUUUACUCUCUUUUGCGUAGAUCUUGAUCAACAAUCUCAUUUCCUCAAGAUCCAUAAGCUGGGAAUUCUCUGCUUUAUUGGAGGGUAGAUAGAGAGUGCUUGGAGCAGUGGGGUUGUGAAGAAGAAGAAGAAGGGGGUGAUGAUAAGUGGAGGAAUUUGAGUUUUGCAUGGCUUCUUUUCGUAUGGAAUGGAAGCUCUGGGUUUUGUGAGUUGUUGUUGUUGUUGUCAUUGUGAGGAGGAAGAGGAAGAGUUGGGUUUGGCGGCGACGGCGGUGGUCGUGGUGGUGGACGGGCCUUUGGAGCUAUGGCGACUGAACUGGGUUCGGGGUCUAGAAGCUGGAUUGACUCGUACAAGGGUAUGUCUUCGGACAACAUCAAGGGAUUGGUCUUGGCUCUCUCUUCCAGCAUCUUCAUCGGGGCCAGUUUCAUUGUCAAGAAGAAGGGCUUGAAGAAAGCUGGCGCUUCCGGGGUCAGGGCAGGUGUUGGAGGCUAUUCUUAUCUGUAUGAGCCGCUUUGGUGGGUUGGCAUGAUAACAAUGAUUGUUGGGGAAAUUGCUAAUUUUGCAGCGUAUGCAUUUGCACCAGCUAUUCUUGUCACCCCUCUUGGUGCACUCAGUAUUAUUAUCAGUGCUGCUCUUGCACGUGUAAUAUUGCGGGAGAAACUACACAUUUUUGGGGUUCUUGGUUGUGCUCUUUGUGUUGUGGGUUCUACAACAAUUGUUCUACAUGCUCCUCAAGAACGUGAGAUUGAGUCUGUUACGGAAGUAUGGGAUCUUGCAACGGAGCCAGCCUUUCUUUUGUAUGCGUCCUUGGUGAUAGCUGCAGUGUUCAUCAUCAUAAUCUAUUUUAUGCCACAGUAUGGCCAGACGCAUAUAAUGGUGUAUAUUGGGGUUUGUUCACUUGUGGGCUCGUUGUCGGUCAUGAGUGUGAAAGCACUUGGAAUUGCUCUAAAGUUAACAUUCUCUGGGAUGAAUCAGUUAGUAUAUCCCCAAACGUGGGCAUUUACUGUGGUUGUGAUUACCUGUGUGAUCACUCAAAUGAAUUAUUUAAACAAGGCUCUUGAUACAUUCAACACAGCUGUUGUAUCACCUAUAUACUAUGUGAUGUUUACAUCGUUAACCAUUCUGGCUAGUGUAAUCAUGUUUAAGGAUUGGGAUAGACAAAAUCCAACUCAAAUAGUCACAGAGAUGUGUGGAUUUGUGACAAUCCUUUCUGGGACUUUUCUUCUUCACAAAACAAAGGACAUGGUUGAGGGUUCAUCACCAACCCUCCCUGUGCGCCUUUCUAAGCACAUAGAAGUAGAUGAAUUCGAACUCGAAAGUAGCCCUCUUCGGUGUCAAGAAUCCUUGAGAUCACAGUAGAUGUAUUCUUUGAUUCAUUGGUCUGCUGUUUAUCUAUAAGCUUUCAUUCUGGAAGAGGAUCUGUAGCCAUCAACCUGUAUUUUUAUCAACAUAUUUGGCUAUACCUGUAUAUUCUUCCGAAAGAAAGAUGAGCAAAGAAAGAUGGAAGGAAAUUCUCUUGGAUUGAUAGGAAUUUUUGCU